AACAAUUAAACAGCGCGUCCUCAAGUAACGUCUUCAAAGCGAACAGCUGCGCCCACCCCAUCUGCUCACAACUUCCACCAAUAGUCAAUCGUUGGCUAAUCACAAAUGAAUGGCAUUUCAACAAACCAAUAAGAGAUGGAUAAUCUCAAAAAACCCGCCCGGUCUACAAGGAGAGCAACGGAAGUGCUUCGGAGUCGAGUAAGCAAAAUGGCCGGAGCCGGGAAAGUGGCUGCAGCCGUUACUGGGACAGCUGUAAAGCCGAUCUUCAGCCGGGACCUGGCCGAGGCUAAACGGCGAGUGCGAGAACUGUACCGCGCUUGGUUCCGAGAAAUCCCAAAUACAGUGCACUUGUACCAGUUGGACAUCACAGUGAAACAGGGGCGCGACAAAGUCCGGGAGAUGUUUAUGAAGAAUGCUCAUGUCACAGACCCUCGAGUCAUUGAUAUGCUAGUUAUUAAGGGGAAAAUGGAACUACAGGAGACUAUUCGUGUAUGGAAACAGCGGACCCAUAUCAUGAGAUUCUUCCAUGAGACAGAAACUCCACAGCCCAAGGACUUCCUCUCCAAGUUUUAUGCAGGUCAUGAUCCUUGAGCCAAAUAAACUUUGUAAAGCUGUAACUCUGUAUUUCAGUUGCUUUUGUUGCAAAUAAAGCACUGAAUACUGAAGAGCCCUUCAACAGGAAAAAUAUCCAACCGAGCACUACCUGUUCUGUACUGAAUCUGAAUUUUUGGUACAUCCUAUAUGAUCCAUCCUAUAUGGUCUUCAAUAGGCUGGGUAUAUUUGUUGUAAUUAGUGUCUCAAGAAACUUCCUAUUUGCAUUGCAGUAUGCCUCACUGAAUACAAUGGUACUCACAGCAAGUAAGCCUAUGUAGAAUUGUGCUGUAAAUAGAUGUUGAGUUUAGAAGUCUAUGGGAGAGAAGUUAACCAAAGACAAUGUGAUUUCUGUAUAUAAGGUAAUUGAAAAUCACUAAUUUUAUCCAGAAUGCCCAUUUGCUCUGGAAUUGCACACUUCAUAUGAUCACACUGGCAAUUCAUUCAGUUUAAAACAGUAUUUUAAAUUGUUGAUGUCUACAUAGUACCAGCUUUCAGCAUGAAGCUGGCAAGAUGGUUGCCAUUGGUUCAUUUACUGGACUGCAGAGCUUACAUACCUCCAAGUGUCAUGAUAAUCAAGCCAUAAAAAUAGCUGCAUUCUGAAUGUAUAUGCUGCUUUUUUCUCUGUGCAGUUUGCAGUGACUGCAAGAACAAAGCAUUUGUAUUCCAGUAUAAAACUUGUGAUUAACACACAUGCACUCAGCUUUGGGAAUCAAGCAGGCAAAAUGGACAAGACUGGAAUAUGAGAGACAUAAUCCAAGCAGUUUCUCUUCAAUCAAAGUAAGCAUCACUUUUUUGUAAGUUCUCCCCCCAUCAGGUGUGUUGGGAAGGCCAUCAGGGACAGCCCUAGGAACACAGCUCAAAAGUACAUCACUAGUAUUUUGCACAUGCUGUAUAGAAUAAUCUUGAAUGUUUUGGAUGGGGGGUUGACUGUGGAAAUAUGCUUCUUAAAAUUUGCAAUUUAAUUGAAUUCAAACAGUUCACUUAGUUAUUAAUUUAAACACAAUGCUAUGGAUUCUGUAAAAUUUUAAUAAUGUAAAGGAAUAAUAAAAAAAUGAACUUCUA